AUGUCACUAACAGUUGACGAAGUUCGCGCUGGCUUCGUUGUCUCUGUGGCACAGGAAGAGAAGAGGCACGGCGAGCCAACCAUCUUCAGUGCCACGCAAAUUCCAACUGUCAAUUCACUACCUAUAGUUCCUCCUGCCAGAAGUCAAAACACUCAGAGUAUUGAUUUCUCUGUCGGGCCGAUCAAGAUCAUUGGCUACAUCGAUACGGACAGUUUUGAGGUAGGUGUUAGGGUUGACGUGUUUGGGGCACAUAUCUUCAACCUUUUCGGCAAUUUGAAAGAUGGCAUUGUGGGAAGGAUUGAUCUCUUCCUCGCGAAAGGAGAGAUACAUCUCUAUUUAAAGAAUGGAAACGAAGUGUGGCUUCACUAUGAUGUUAAGGUGGCAUUUGAUGGCCAUUUCCAGGAUGACGUCAGACUCUUGACUAUUUGA